AUGAAGAUCAUUAUCGUCGGCGGGGGCAUAGCAGGUCUAUCUACCUACCUGCAUCUCCGCAAACGCCUCCCCAACUCCUCAAGACACAUUAUCACUGUAUACGAGUCACACAAACCUCGUUCAACAGCUUCAGGCACCUCUUCAUUAGAUCGUCUCAAUCAGUCAGUCAACCUCAAUGCCUUAUCCGAGUCGACAGCUAUUGUAGGUGGUGGGCUCGGCGUCUCACCUAAUGGCAUGCGCGUACUACGUGACCUGAGCCUCGAUCUUCACGACAGAGUUGUUGCGCAGGGAUUUCCGGCAGAGAAUUUUUUCUUUAAAGGAGCUAAUGACUGGACAUUGGGCAUCCAGAGCACGAGCGACAAAGCUGUAAGAGCGGAGGGCGAUGCCGAAGAGGUGUGCAUUGCAAGUUCGCGACAUGGACUCUGGCACACGCUCAGGCAGUACGUGAUUGAGAAGCAUGGACAGGACGUAAUCAAGCACAAGAAGGUUCUGAAAGUCGUCAGGAACACGGACAAGCCCAGGCUGCGUUUGCAAGUGCAUAUGCUCGAUGAGCAAGGGCAAAAAGAGGUAGACGAUGCAGACUUGGUCAUCGGUGCCGACGGCGUCAAAAGCGUAGUACGAAAGGCGCUCUUUGGCGACAGCGAGAAAUACAAUCCGGUAUACAGCGGGCAAUCUGGUGUCGGAGGCUUCCACAACACCACGAUUCCUCCCAUCAUCUCCAAUAGAAAAGCCAUGGUCUUCGAGUUUGGUGGCAAUGGCUUCUUCGGUUACGCUUCAGGUGGGCCGGUAUCUGCCAAGCAGCUCAUGUGGUGGUCCACAUUCGAGACUUCAAGCCUGCCUGACACCAGGGAUGUCGAUCCUCAAGCCAUUAAACACGCUCUGCUUGAACGACACAAGAACUGGAAAGACCCGGUCGUCGUGGACAUCGUCAAGAACGCAGAUGUCGAAUCCAUAUACCCGACCUGGAUUAUGCCAGAGCUCCCACACUGGGGUGAGCGAGGCAUAGUACUGGUCGGAGAUGCAGCGCAUGCAAUGGAUCCGACGACAGGUCAAGGUGCCAGCCAGGCUCUGGAAGACUCCCAGACUUUCGUCCUGCUACUUGCUGAAUUGCUCGAUGAUGAACGAUACGGUAAUGCAUCAGAAAAAUGGAUUAUCGAUCAGGCUGUCGAGAUCUUCCACAAGAUUCGCUCUCCCAGAAUCAACAAGAUCGUCGAACGCGGAAAGAAACUGGCCGGACGGAAAGCUAGCGUCGGAAUUGUUAAGGAGUAUGUCAUGUACUGCUUCCUAUGGCUGCUAAUAAAGUUCCCAUUACUUGGUAAGUGAAGUUGAUGUGACUCGGGGUGCGAUCUGACGAUCGACAGGCAAAGCGAUGAUUGGCGACACAAAUCGAGAGCUGUACUGCUGGUCGGCCAAGGAGCAGAUACGAGAGACUUUGAAACACGAACGCUUUUUUUUCGGGGUAAGCGAAGUGUCGCCUCUGCUUGCAUGAACAUCCACGUAGGCUCUGAUGGCUUACAACGAAGCCUAUUUUCAUACUAUCUUCUCUCUAUUCUCUUCGUCUCUCGGGACGACUUCCUGACAGAGACAUAUGUAUGCUCACUUUCGCCAAUCCAGUUUCUGUGCUUCCUUAUCACCACGCUUGUGCCGUGUUUGCGAUUUUCUACGGCUGCUCUGAACCAAUGCUCAGAUGAGAGACGCUUUCUAUACCACUUCCUGGGGUAUUACUGACUGUAUGCGG